AUGAGAGGCAUUUUAAGGCUUCUACUAGAUAUAAUUGUAUCCUUGAUUAGUUGUGCAUUUCAAUAUGAAAACGUUNUAUGUGGAAGAAAAUUACAAGUGAUCGUUAAAUUAGCCAAUCAUAUCUUAACAGCCGAUAAUCCCGAAUAUUCCGGUGGUGUUUGGCAUGUUGAAGGAAUGGAAAAUGAACAUAUUGUUGCAACAGGUAUUUUUUAUUAUCAUAGUUCAAAUAUUACAGAAUCAAAUUUACAAUUUCGAACUGCAAUAAAUGAACCAAAUUUUGAUCAUGAUGCUUCAGAACGAGCAAAUCGCUUUUUUCAUUUAAAUGGUGGACGUUCAUUGAAUCAAAAUUUAGGUCAAGUUAUUACUCAAGAAGAUCGUUGUCUUGUCUUUCCAAAUAUCUAUCAGCAUAGAGUUGCACCAUUUCAAUUAACAAAUCCUAAUCAAUUAGGUCUACGAAAAAUUCUAGUCUUCUUCUUGGUUGAUCCAUCAAUUUCAGUUCUAUCAACUGCAAAUGUACCACCCCAACAAUCACAUUGGCUGAGAAAUAUUGUACGUUCGAUAUUUCCAUUUAAUCAAUUACCACAAUUAGUUAUUGAGAAAAUAAUUAAUUAUAUAGAUUUUCCAAUGAGUUUAAAUCAAGCUAACCAAUAUCGUAGAGAAUUAAUGGAAGAAAGAAAGUUUUUUAUCAAUCAAAAUACUGAACAAUUAUUUGAACGACCAUUCUCAUUAUGUGAACAUUAA